GCUGCAGCUGUGAAACCUGCAGGUUGAGGGUUUUUAAACCUCACUUGUUGGUGUGGUUGUCAUUUGGAAGCCAGAAUCAUGGGUGAUGCUUGGGUCCUGCUUGUUUGUGUGGUGACUGUGUGGCUCAACAAAGGAUGUUGUUUACCAAUUGAGGAACCAAAUGACAGAGCUGAGCAACUUAAAAAGCAGGACGCUGUGUCACCAAAUGAUUUUGCUCUCAAAGAUGUUUCAUUUCUCCAGUCAAUGGAUUCUACUCUAAAACAACAUUCGAUGAGUUUACACUUGGAAACCAAUGAAGUUAAGCUGGUAAAUGAUGGCCAACCUGACCUGACCUCUGGCGACGCCCCCGGCAACCUGACCUCUGGCGACGCCCCCGGCAACCUGACCUCUGGCGACGCCCCCGGCAACCUGACCUCUGGCGACGCCCCCGGCAACCUGACCUCUGGCGACGCCCCCGGCAACCUGACCUCUGGCGACGCCCCCGGCAACCUGACCUCUGGCGACGCCCCCGGCAACCUGACCUCUGGCGACGCCCCCGGCAACCUGACCUCUGGCGACGCCCCCGGCAACCUGACCUCUGGCGACGCCCCCGGCAACCUGACCUCUGGCGACGCCCCCGGCAACCUGACCUCUGGCGACGCCCCCGGCAACCUGACCUCUGGCGACGCCCCCGGCAACCUUACCUUCGAAUAGUUAUAAAAUAAACUUUUAUUCUCUA